AUGGCGUCGAGGAGAUCGACCCGCACGUCUCUUUUUUCAUUCACAAUUUUCAUGGUCGUUCUCGGCCUCGUCUUUUUCGCAUCAUCAGCCUCCGCCUCAUCACCGUCAGCGCCCUCACCAUCAGCGGAAGUAGAGCUCAUCUGCCACACCGACAACCCAUCAGAAUGUUAUCCCAAAAUCUUCCAACCCACGGAAGAGUUUCAAUUAGUUCACGAUGAUCAAGAAUUACCUCACGGACUCCACGUACGCCUAAACAUCAACACGGGCAAAAAGGAGGCCAAGAUCAACGACCCAACCGAGAAGAACCCGGAACUUGAGGGCCUGCCCGUUGACCGCUCCAUCGUGGUCGUGGACUCGGACGAAGCAGCACCUGCGGAAGCGCAGAUUCCCAAGGACGCGCCGAAAUACGAACCAGUCGGCGUGGUGAAGCAACCCAAGCAGGAGUCGGGCGAGUUCUACACGAGUCUCGAGUACGUCAAAAAGGGGCCCCACGGAAGCGACCUCCCAAUGGACGAGGCCCUGGAGUUUCUCGAGGAUAUUUCUCACGACAUUUACUACGGUCUCAAAAUCACAGAGACCUUUGACACCGUCAAGUCCCUCUUCUGCCUCAUGAUUGACCCCAAGACACCCGCGCCGUCCGAGGGCGCAGUGCCCCGCGACCAGCAGGCGGCAGCGAUCAUCUCCGGCGCUCUCCAGAACAACCCCACCGCCCUCGAGGAGGUGACCAAAGUCUGGCCCCAGCUGAUGGACUCAUCCUGCCGCUCCCUCCACAAGGCGCCGCAGCUCAAGAUCCGGGACGGCUUCUACGCCUCCUUCGUACGCUCUUCACCUGAGAACGGUGCCGGCGACGCAGCGAACCACGACGUCCUCCGCGCCGCGAACAAGGCCAAGGCGCAAGUCGCCGCCAUCAAAGGCCUCAUCAAGAGCCCCACCAUCCGGGACGACUUCAUCGCCAACAAGGGCAUGGACCGCCUCCUCGAGGUCCUGGCACCCGAGGACGCGCAAUGGGAGACUGCGCAGCGUAAGACCGGCCAGCUCGUGCUGGACAGCUUCCUCGACGAGAACAUGGGCGCCGACGUUGGCGUCUGGCCCCUGUUCAAGGCCUCCGAGGCGGACAGGUCCAAGAGGGUUGCCGACCGCGUGAGCGACGAGAACUGGAAGGUUGCGGUCAAGGCGAUUAUGGAGAAGAAUAAGGGCGAUUCGAGCCACUGGAGCCGGGAUCUGUAUGAGAGGCUUGAUGCGCAUGAGAAGGCGCAGUUGAAGAUGAUUGGAAAGGAUGAGCUGUGA